AUGCAACCUGGCUUCGCACGGCGCGCGGGCGAGAGGAAUUUUCGAGUUCGAGAUCGAGCUCGAGCGACAUGGCGCCGGCAAACACGAGAAUCCGGCCCGCCACCCCUCCAAAGCCUGCUCCUCUCGGUCGAUGCCGCGGAAAACAUGGUGCCGCUCAAUGGCGUGGCCCGGGCCCCGGGGCUGCUCGCGGGCUUGCCAAUACUGCACCGUCAAUUGGUCGUGGUGGCUACGGAUAGCUGCCCAACUCUCCAUGCCGGGUUGCCUCGGCGCCAAUGGGCACAUUCUCGAUGUCUUCUUCCAUCCUCUGUCCCGGUGUCGGUCCGCUGUGGCGGUCUUCCGCCCACAGCACAUGGCCAUACGGCCACGGCCUUUCCGCCGAAGGCGCGCUGUGGCCCCGUGCGGCAAGUGGCAAGUCGAUCUCGUUCCGGGUGCCUUGUGAGUUGCGUCUGGCCUGGCCAUGCAAGGUCCAUGACGGGCUGCCAGGCUGGUGGCGCCGAGAGCCCGUCCAGUGUACGAAUGUACGGGCACGGCGUGGUUGGCAACAAUACAUGCUUGGAGGCUCGUUUCAUCCAGGUGCGCAGUCUUCACUUGAAGAUCAAAAUGCCAGUGGACAGGCGCUCUGAGACAAUCAACCUCGGACACGAGGGACAGCGCCGCGAAGGUCCCCAAUUUCCCGUCCGCCCCGGCACGCUGGUUAGUCCUGCGGUGGGAGAUUCGUUCGGUUCCACAACAACAACGAACCUGGCGACGGCAUGGGAGCCCGGCAAGGGACCCAAGGGCCCUCAUGUGCCUCGCUUCUCAAACCCGGAAGGUCGACAGGAGCCGGAGCUGAAACUCGACCGUGAAGGCACAUCUUGUGCUCCGUUGUGGCUUGAAAUGAAGAAGCCGUCCGCCCCCCGGGGUCGGUCGGUCAACUGGUUCGGCAGCGUGUGCAUGAAUGGCCCACAACCCCAGCUCGUGGUCUCGUGA